AUGGAAGAAGAAAUUGCAGCGCUCGUCAUCGACAAUGGCUCCGGCAUGUGCAAAGCUGGCUUUGCAGGGGACGAUGCUCCCCGUGCUGUGUUCCCCUCCAUUGUUGGGCGCCCCCGACACCAGGGCGUCAUGGUGGGCAUGGGGCAGAAGGACAGCUACGUAGGUGAUGAGGCCCAGAGCAAGAGAGGAAUCCUCACCCUGAAGUACCCCAUUGAGCACGGUAUUGUCACUAACUGGGACGACAUGGAGAAAAUUUGGCAUCACACCUUCUACAAUGAGCUCCGUGUGGCUCCCGAGGAGCACCCUGUCCUGCUCACAGAGGCUCCUCUGAACCCCAAGGCCAACAGAGAGAAGAUGACACAGAUCAUGUUUGAGACCUUCAACACCCCAGCCAUGUACGUUGCCAUCCAGGCUGUGCUGUCCCUGUAUGCCUCUGGCCGUACCACUGGUAUCGUUAUGGACUCUGGGGAUGGUGUCACCCAUACUGUGCCCAUCUACGAGGGGUAUGCUCUGCCCCAUGCCAUCCUGCGCCUGGACUUGGCUGGCCGUGACCUGACAGACUACCUCAUGAAGAUCCUGACAGAAAGAGGCUACAGCUUCACUACAACAGCUGAAAGGGAGAUUGUCCGUGACAUAAAGGAAAAGCUGUGCUAUGUCGCCCUGGACUUCGAGCAGGAGAUGGCCACUGCUGCCUCUUCCUCCUCCCUGGAGAAGAGCUAUGAGCUGCCUGAUGGUCAGGUGCUGCGUGUGUGUGCUAACAAGCCUGCAACUCUUUUCUCCCUAGGCAUGGAGUCUUGUGGCAUUCAUGAGACCACUUUCAACUCAAUCAUGAAGUGUGAUGUAGACAUCAGGAAGGACCUGUAUGCCAACACAGUAUUGUCUGGUGGUACCACAAUGUACCCUGGAAUUGCUGACAGAAUGCAGAAGGAAAUCACAGCUCUGGCACCUAGCACAAUGAAGAUCAAGAUCAUUGCCCCACCUGAGCGUAAAUACUCUGUCUGGAUUGGUGGCUCCAUCCUGGCGUCUCUAUCAACUUUCCAGCAGAUGUGGAUCAGCAAGCAGGAAUAUGAUGAGUCUGGCCCAUCCAUUGUCCACCGUAAAUGCUUCUAAAUGGACUGCUAGCAGAUGCACAGCAUCUGCUGCAUGAGUUGUUUUCACUAGUAUACGUUUGCCCAGGCAAAUCUAUACACCUCAUGCUAGCCUCAUAAAACUGGAAUAAGCCUUCUUUCAAAAGAAACUUGCCCUUGGAAAGUCUGUAUCUGAUGUUAGACAAAUGUCAGCACUGGAUUGUCAAGCUGUCACUUGAUUUGACCUUGUAUUCAAGUUAACUGUUCCCUUGGUGUACACCUUAGCAGAAUACCCUGUACAGAUCUGAUCUAAGCCUUGGGGCAGGUGCCUCGCGUGUGUGAUGUCCUUGCUAAGGUUGACUUGUGUUUGUGGGGAGCCUAUUCUGACAGUGGUUCUCACGGCUUGCUAUACUGACAGUGACGCUUCUCCAAGAGCGCAGGCUCUGGGGCUCGAGGCAGAUUUGUACAGGGUAUUUGGAGUCAGACUUCCAGUACAUUCAGUGUGGAGUAUUCCAGAUUUCGUGUAGAGGCUGGUAGGAGUCCAUCAAGAAUUCACCUCUGUUGCUACUGUUCUAGCAAGGUUGGGAAACAUAUCACAUCCAAGCCUUAUGAACCAGUCUUCAUUUUCCUACCCACCUGUCUCCCAGUAAAACAUCAUGGGGCUGAAGUUACUCAACUUGAGUUGCUGAAACUUUUGCAUUUACACCUGUAAAUUUAUGCAUCAAGUUUAAUUUAUGUAAGAUUUUUGUACGUUGCCUUAAUGUUCUCACAUGACAGUAGGAAACCAAAAUUUGUAAGUCAUCCUAAAGUUGAGAAAUUGUAAUGCCCAACAACACAUCAUUGUGUAAGGAAAAUAAAAAAGCGCUGCAGUAAACGAAA